CGUUUCAGCAGUGCUGUCAGUGACACUGGGACACCUCUGCUGGAGCAGGUUUGUUAUAAGCUCGUACGCAGGCUCUGGUUCAUCCCUGGUGAAAAUACAUAGCUAUUGGUGGUGCCUAUGUGAAAAAGCAGCGCUUCGUAGCUGAGAAUUUGCUCUAUCAAAUAAUGUUAUUGUGCUCUUUGUAUCUGUUGUUUCCAGGGAAGUAAGGAGACAUUGCUUUCGUUGCAACCCACCAAUAUGACUUUCAGUACCUUUUAGAGGUACCAAACCUAAGGGCCGUGCUGCCCAAGGCGGCACUGGGACCUCCGGGCUCGCUUCGGCACCAAUUGCAGCUCUUGGGCCCCGCCCCUUCCACGUUCUAUCCGCUGAUUGGCUGCCUCUGCUCCUGCAGCGCGCAAUUGGCGGCCGGACUGGUCGCCAUGGUGACAGAGGACGCCGUGCGGCCCGGGAGCGCCCGCCAUCAUGGCUGCCUACCGGCCCGGGGGUGCUCAUGGGGCAACUGGAAGGAGGAGGCGUGCCUGGAGGAGGAGCGCCUGAGGGACUUCAUGCAGAAAAGAGAACGGGGAGAACUCCUAAUGCAGAAAAUCAACAGACUGAACGAUAAUCUCUUAAAGAAGGUGCAGCUGUCGGUGUCUAAAGAUGGAUUCGUUUGCUUUGGAGACACGGUGAUGCUCCUGAGCCCGGGCAAGGAGCCCUCAGUGCAGCGUGACGUUGAGGCACGCGGUGAGCUGACGCUGGCGGUUAACCUGGAGGAGGUGUCCAUCUACUCGGCUCUGGCUCUGCACCCACCCUGCGCGCUGAGCGCCGUCACCACCGCCAGCCCUGUGGGGAGGAACACAUUCUGUGUUUUAAGCGUUGAUGGAGAAUCAGUGGGUGAACCUGUUAAAUUUGGGCAAAAGUUUGGUCUUGGAACAACAGGAGGGUUUUCUGAUCCAAUGUUAUAUCUAGCAAGUGACCAUAAAUCAUUUAUGAGGUUUGCCAAAAAAUCUUACCUUCAACAAGUAUUUUUGACAGAUGAGCUUUCCUAUUUGACGUGCUGGCAAGCAAACUUCUUGGAUCCACAACUGCGUCUUGAAUAUGAAGGAUUUCCCGUUCCUGCAAACUCUAAACUGAUUAUUACUCAUUGUCAUACUAAUAGAAGUUUAGCUGUUCCAAGGAACUUUUGGACAAGGUCUUAUUUUGGAAGGGAAUAUGAAGUAAUUUGUCACACUUACCUGGACUCCCAUCGAGUUGAAGAAGACAAGAAUUACUGGGUAAUAGUUACAGGAAAUCCUGGUGAUGAGGGUGGUACAAUGCUCGAUAGACCUGAGCCUCAGCCAGGAGGAACAGGAAAGAAUGAAUUUCAUGAAGAGAUGAAGAACGUAAAAAUCCCAGAUUACAACUGACAGAGAUUGCUUAGAUUCUGAUUCUUAUUUUUCUGUUCAGAUUUUAGCAUUAUAAAUAUUUAUUUUAAAAAGAGACAUGAAAAUCUACCAUUAUUAAUUUUAUACAAUCUCAUUAAUUCAUCAUUUGUGGAUGGCAAGAAGAUGAGUAACACACACAUGCACAACAUCAAAAAGCUCACGAAUCAAGAAAAGCUCAUUUUCCUACUUUCACAUUCUCUGGUGGCAAAAGAAGUUGGAACACAGUGAAUUGAAUUGCACUCAAUUACUGGCCUUCUGGGUGUAUUUAACCAAUGCUUCCUAUCCCAAAUCAGCGUCACCGUUUUGAAAAGAGUGAGCAUACAUUUUCCAAAACAGUAAAGACCAAACUUAUGUAAGUUAUCAUGGGAUGCUUUGACAUCUAAAGAUUGGUCGAAAGAAAUUAGGUGGUUGAGCUUGUUUCGCACUCUAUCAUGAGAAAGGAGAAAGGACUACCUGCACUGCUGGAAAAUGAACAGGAUUGAAUCAACAAUUCCUGAUGCAUUUGUUCUAAUACAAUUUUAAAACCACAGAUUUUUCAGAGCUUAUAUCACCUUUUUUUCUUUUGCAACUUUUUUUUUUAAACACUUCUUAAUAUAGUCCACACGAUGGCACCACAUUCUUUUAAACACUGUGAUUAUUGCCAGCAGGAUUAUUGCUACAUGUGUUAAAACAACCCGAAUCAUUUACAUUCCAUUGAGUCCUUGAUACAAUGCCACUAAAGAACCAGAUUGAAUCAAGCUCAAAUUCUGGGCUAUGAGGUGUGAGUGAUUUUUUUGUCAUCUUUUUAGAAAAUAAAAUCAGUUUAAGCAAUAAAUGUAGACAGAAUAAUGUACAACA